CUUCGACCACCAUCCAUUCAUGGCCUACAAACGCCCUGCGGACAGUUACCCCAGUUCAUCAAAGCGACCUCGACACGACGAAGCGGACUACAACUAUGGCUCGGACUCCGACGACGCGCACGAUACAGCAGUCGUGCCAAGGGGGGCGACAAUCAACUUUAGCGCGUUGACGAGAAAGUUGAAAGCCUCCAAGGAAUUGGCGCAUUCGCAAGACGUCGACCCGUCUUCACUGUCGUCCUUAGAGAAGCAUCGACGUCAGCAGAACGCCCUCAUCUCCCACGUAUUCCAAGAUCAAGACUUCUCCUGGCUACACUUGAAGUCCGAUCAUGCCUCCCGUCCCCUCUGGAUCUGUCCCGACGACGGCCACAUCAUCCUUGAACACUUCUCUCCAAUCGCCGAGCAAGCCCAGGACUUCCUCACGGCUAUAAGCGAGCCUGUCAGCAGACCAGAGUUCGUGCACGAAUACAAACUUACUUCGUACUCGCUAUACGCCGCUGUCUCCGUCGGACUACAAACGGAAGAUAUUAUACAAGUCCUAAAUCGUUUGUCAAAGGUGCCCGUCCCGGAGUCCAUCACUUCCUUCAUCCGCGAACGCACGUUGAGUUACGGGAAAGUCAAGCUCGUCUUGAAGCACAACAAGUACUUCAUCGAGUCAAGCCACCCGGAGACGCUGCAGUUCCUUCUGAAGGACAAGACGAUCCGCGAGGCCCGCGUCAUAUCAGCGCAACAAGACACCUCCAUCAAGGCCGCCACCUUUACUACCAGCAAGGCGCCCGUCAAGGGUAAUCUUGUCAUUCCUGGUACAGACAAGAAGAAGGAUGAUGGCAAGGGUGGUGCGGCGGGCGCAGCAGGCGGUGCCGCACAGGCAGAUACAGACAUCUUUAGCUCCGUUGUGGGCGUCGAGAACGAUGAGAUGGAUGAGGACGACGAUAACGUCCACUCCUUCGAGAUAGACGACGCCAAGAUCGAUGAGGUCAAGAAGCGCUGCAAUGAGCUAGAGUACCCCAUGUUGGAGGAGUACGACUUCCGGAACGACACGAUCAAUCCGAAUCUGGACAUCGACCUCAAGCCGGCGACGGUCAUUCGGCCGUAUCAGGAGACCAGUCUGAGUAAGAUGUUCGGUAACGGUCGUGCGCGUUCUGGCAUCAUUGUGCUUCCUUGUGGCGCGGGCAAAACGCUCGUAGGCAUUACCGCGGCCUGCACCAUCAAGAAGUCCUGCCUUGUACUAUGCACCUCCUCGGUCUCCGUCAUGCAAUGGAAGCAGCAGUUCAUGCAAUGGUCCAACACGACGGACAAGCAGAUCGCAGUCUUCACGGCGGAAUCGAAGGAGAAGUUCGCGACGGAAAGUGGUAUCAUCAUCUCGACCUACUCUAUGGUCGCGAACACGCACAACCGUUCGCACGACUCGAAGAAGAUGAUGGAGUUCCUCACGUCGCGCGAAUGGGGCUUCAUUCUGCUUGACGAGGUGCAUGUCGUGCCCGCCGCCAUGUUCCGGCGAGUGGUCACUACCAUCAAGGCGCACUCGAAGCUCGGCUUGACGGCCACGUUGGUCCGCGAGGAUGACAAAAUCGCCGAUCUGAACUACAUGAUCGGUCCGAAGCUCUAUGAGGCGAAUUGGAUGGACCUCGCCGCAAAGGGGCACAUCGCAAACGUGCAGUGCGCGGAAGUUUGGUGCCCGAUGACCCCUGAGUUUUAUCGCGAGUACCUGAGGGAGCAGUCCCGCAAGCGCAUGCUCCUGUACUGCAUGAACCCCAACAAGUUCCAGGCGUGCCAGUUUCUCAUUAAGUUCCACGAGGAGCGCGGGGACAAGAUCAUCGUUUUCUCCGAUAAUGUGUACGCGCUGGAGGCGUACGCGAAGCGAUUGGGCAAGCUCUACAUUCACGGCGCGACGGGCCAGGUCGAGCGCAUGCGCAUUCUCUCGCAGUUCCAGCACAACCCGAAGGUCAACACCAUUUUCCUGAGUAAGGUCGGCGAUACCUCGAUCGACCUCCCAGAGGCCACUUGCCUUAUCCAGAUCUCGUCGCAUUUCGGAUCCCGACGACAAGAGGCGCAGCGGCUCGGGCGUAUAUUGCGCGCGAAGCGGCGAAAUGACGAGGGGUUCAACGCGUUUUUCUACUCCCUCGUCUCCAAGGAUACGCAGGAGAUGUUUUACAGCACGAAGCGGCAGCAGUUCCUCAUCGAUCAAGGGUACGCGUUCAAGGUGAUCACGCACCUGGACGGGAUGGACGCGCUCCCGGACCUUGUCUAUCGCACGCGCGACGAGCAGAUCGAGCUGCUGUCCUCCGUGCUGCUCGCGACGGAGAACGAGGCGGACGUGGGGAGCGACAUCAAGGCCGUCGAGGGCGAUCUCGCGGGUACGGUGACGUCGACGGUGCGCACGAAGUGGCCGGGUGCGCAGCGGACGACGGGCUCGCUGAGCGCGCUGAGCGGCGGGCAGCACAUGUCGUACGUCGAGCAGAACAAGUCGGCGAACAGGAAGCUCGCGAGGGACUCGGGCGCGGACCGGCACAAGCUGUUCCAGAAGAGAGACCAGCAGAAGGCGGCGGCGCGUAAGGCCGCGCGGGGGUGAACUUCAGGCUGACAGUAGGCUCGGCGGCAGUGCGCGGGGGUGAGACGGAGGUGCUCGAGCCCCCGUCGAGGUUGUUCGUACGCUUGUGUGUACAGUACAGCUGACUAUACUAUGGACCUUCGAGAAC